GACGAUUUAUCGAGCGCCGCGGUGUCCGGUGUGAAGUAAACAGAAGUUUGACAUUGAUAGUGUUUAUUGGGUUGAACAUGGUAUCUCUGUCUUUAAAUUCGUUAAAACAAAUAAUGAAAGCUAUGGUCGACAACCCAGGCUUCGACAGGGUGCUGAGCAAGGUGGACGUUUUGUCUGCCAGCCCAGGUAAAGUGGUGUGUGAGAUGCGGGUAGAAGAGGAGCACACCAACCGGGGAGGGACGCUGCAUGGCGGGCUGACAGCCACCCUGGUCGAUGUCAUCUCCACCAUGGCUAUUAUGUACAGUGAGAGGGGAGCACCAGGGGUCAGUGUGGAUAUGAACAUAACAUAUAUGAAUGCUGCUAAGAUGGGAGAGGACGUAGUCAUCACUGCUCAGGUUCUGAAGCAAGGACGGACACUGGCGUUUGCCACCGUAGACCUCACCAACAAGGUCACAGGGAAGCUCAUUGCACAAGGAAGACACACUAAACACCUUGGCAACAGCUAAACUGUCCCCAAUCUGUGCCUGUUUGUAAAUCACAUGAUCAUAUUUGUAGUGUCAAAACAAAAGACUCUGAGUAAAGAUCUAAACUAACCUGACUGUAAAUAGCUUGCAAAAAUCACUGAUUGUGUAAAAAAACAUUGUUAACAGUGGUAGGUGCCACAACUUCAUAAUAUUACUCACUGCUGGCUAUUUACUGACCUGUGGUGUUACAGCUGUUGCAUAUUUGUCAUCAAUUGUGACCUAACUACAGUAUCAAUAGUUCAUGCACAUGCAAUAAAACAAAUGGACAAAGUUG